AUUCCGAUCCGCUCAACCAUGGCAGCCAGCUCGAAACCCGGAUCACCACGGCCACCACCUUCCUCGUCGUCAUCAAUGGCGCAAGAUCUCUUCAACAAUUUCUCGUUCUCCAAAACCCUGAAGCUCAAGACCAAGCAGCAAGAGCUUCUGAUCCGCGUCACUGUCCUCACACUCAUCUACAUCCUAGCCUUCAUCACUCGCCUCUUCAGUGUUCUCCGCUACGAGUCCAUGAUCCACGAGUUCGACCCUUACUUCAACUACCGCACCACUCUUUACCUCACAAAAAACGGCUUCGCCGAGUUCUGGAAUUGGUUCGACUCGGAGAGCUGGUACCCACUUGGACGCAUCAUCGGCGGAACCCUCUACCCCGGUCUCAUGCUCACUGCCGCCGCGCUCUACUGGGUCCUCCGCUUCCUCCGUUUUGCAGUCCACAUCCGCGAGGUUUGCGUCCUAACGGCGCCGUUUUUCGCCUCCAACACCACCCUCGUUGCUUACUUCUUCGGCAAGGAGAUUUGGGAUUCCGGCGCCGGGAUCGUCGCCGCGGCUUUGAUUGCAAUCUGCCCUGGGUAUAUUUCGCGGUCUGUGGCAGGGUCCUAUGACAAUGAAGGCGUUGCUAUUUUCGCGCUUUUGUUGACAUUUUACUUGUUUGUUAAGGCUGUUAACACUGGGUCGUUGGCUUGGGCUCUGGCUUCGGCGUUUGGAUAUUUCUACAUGGUUUCGGCUUGGGGUGGUUAUGUGUUUAUCAUCAAUUUGGUGCCACUUUAUGUAUUGGUGUUGUUGGUUACUGGGAGGUACUCGUUGAGGUUGUAUGUAGCUUAUAAUUGUAUGUAUGUAGUGGGAAUGUUGCUUGCUAUGCAGAUUAGGUUCGUUGGGUUCCAGCAUGUUCAGUCUGGAGAGCACAUGGCUGCUAUGGGCGUGUUUUUCUUGCUGCAGGUUUUUUUCUUCCUAGAUUGGGUAAGACAUUUGCUCAGUGAUGCAAAAUUGUUUGAAGCAUUUUUGAGGAUCACGGUAACUGGUGCAGUUAGUGUUGGAGCCAUUGCUUUGGGAGUAGGCACAGCAUCCGGCUACAUUUCUCCAUGGACAGGAAGGUUUUACUCCUUGCUUGAUCCAACAUAUGCUAAGGAUCACAUUCCAAUCAUUGCAUCUGUCUCUGAGCAUCAGCCAACUGCUUGGUCAUCCUUCAUGUUCGAUUUCCAUAUCUUGCUUAUACUUUUCCCUGCUGGGCUCUACUUCUGCUUCAAGCGCUUGUCAGAUGCCACGAUCUUCAUUGUUAUGUAUGGCCUUACAAGCAUGUACUUUGCUGGUGUGAUGGUUCGUUUGAUUCUUGUUGCUACCCCCGCUGUGUGCCUCAUUAGUGCUAUUGCGGUUUCUGCUACUGUGAAGAAUCUGACUCGGUUGGUGAGGUCCCAAAGCCAAGCUGUUCAAAGUGGUUCUAGCAAAGGAGCUAGCACUGCAAAGAGUUCUUCCAAGGGUGUAAUUGAUAAUUCCCAGCCUUUCCAAAGAAAUGGUGCUAUUUUGUUGCUUCUGGGUGCUUUCUAUCUACUGACUAGAUAUGCUAUUCACUGCACCUGGGUCACAUCAGAGGCUUAUUCAUCUCCCUCGAUUGUCUUGGCUGCAAGGGGGGCUCAUGGAAACAGGGUCAUCUUUGAUGAUUAUCGUGAAGCUUACUUUUGGCUUCGCCAGAACACCCCACCAGAUGCCAAGGUGAUGUCUUGGUGGGAUUAUGGUUAUCAAAUAACAGCCAUGGGUAACAGGACAGUUAUUGUUGACAAUAACACCUGGAAUAAUACACAUAUAGCAACUGUUGGGCGGGCAAUGUCAUCGUAUGAGGAUGAGGCCUAUGAGAUAAUGAGAUCGCUUGAUGUUGACUAUGUAUUAGUUGUGUUUGGCGGUGUUACUGGCUAUUCUUCUGAUGAUAUUAAUAAAUUUCUCUGGAUGGUGAGAAUCGGUGGUGGGGUUUUUCCUGUAAUUAAGGAACCUGAUUACCUUGUCAAUGGAGAGUAUCGUGUAGAUAAAGGUGCAGCUCCCAAGAUGUUGAACUGUCUUAUGUACAAACUAUCUUAUUAUCGGUUUGGGGAGCUCACUACAGAAUAUGGCAAACCACCUGGGUUUGAUCGCGCUCGAGGAGUUGAAAUUGGGAAUAAGGACAUAAAGCUUGAGUACUUGGAAGAGGCCUUCACUACCCAAAACUGGAUAGUUCGUAUUUAUAAAGUGAAACCACCUAAAAACAGGUGGUAACUUUUAGAAAGGAAAAAAAGAAGUUAAAGUUAGACUUUGUUUUCUUUGCGGGAACGAUAGCAUUGUAGUGACUGAACUUGAGAAUUGAAAAACGUGUUUAGCCACAUCACAGAUUGUGGACUGAUUUUUGAAGUAUUUACAUGUAGAAUACAUUUAAGUUAAAGCUUUGGAAUCAUUUCUUUUUAGAAAAAAAGGUACCAUUGCAUUCCAACUGUGAUUUAACCUUGUGCUUUAAGUGCUACUUGUUUGGGCAUGAUUGCAUAAACGAUACAAUGUUUUCCCUAUAAUUAACUGGAUUAUUAGA